AUGGGAAGUGCAUCCAGCCGCGGCUCUUCAAAAUCUCCUGGAGCGUCUCCACGGCGUGACCACGAACAGCAAGUGGAUUUAGCCGACCGCCAGUGGUCCUGCACCACCCGUCAUCACCUCAUUCACCUCAUUAGCGCGGACGUGGCCGAGGGUGAACUGGAUCAUGCACUUCAAAUGGCCAAACUACUCAAUAAGCUCUUUGGUAUUGGUGUACCCGGAGAAGGAAACGUGGACCCAGAUGCGAUCAUCGGCGUGGAAGCAGAUGAAAAUGAAGUAGAACACUUUGUCCUGGAUAGGAAGUCUGUGAUUCUCAUGCACAACAUGAUUGGCUUCAUGGAGAACAAGCCACCAGGUUGGAAGGAACAAUUAAACAUGAUAUGUAACGAACUCUCCAUCCAUGUGGCGCCGCCUGUAUUACGCGGCAGCUUCCCCCUCGAUGACAUCCCCAUCCGGGAACUUGUGCUGACCUGCCUUGACCUCUACAAGACAAUAACGAAGAUUGGCACGGUCCGGAGCAUCAUUGACAGGAACAGAUCAAUUACGAAGAUCGAGAUGAGCUACACUGGUAUCACUAGCGACAGUUUCAAGAUGUUGCUUCCAUCCGUAGCUACACUAGAAUGUCUUGUCUUCCUAGGCCUGAAGGGGAAUAGGCUUGAAAAGAGUAUUGUCACCGAUAUGACAUUGAUAAUGGAGAACCCCAAGAAGUUCAGGAGUCUCAAAUGGGUAGACUUCAGGAAUAACGUGGAUAUCUUCACCGUGUCACAGAGGUACCUUCACCUACUGAAGGAACGAUGGGAUACCAGACGUUAUAAUCCCCCGUUCAGAGUGGUCGCCGAAGAAAGCGGUCGACAGCUGCGGAAACAUCUCCAUGAAACCUUGGAGCAUCAGGGUACCCAAAGCAAGCAAUAUGCUGUGCCCAAUUAGAAUCAAUUUCGACUUUAUUAAA